CUAAUAAUACCUCACUGAAUUUUGGGCUCACUGCAAAAUCUCUCCCCUAGUUGAGUCUGGGAUAUUAAUCUUGUCUACCAUCUCUGAUCUCAUCUUUAAUUCUUUAUGACAAAAUUAGAGCAAAACUUGAACACAGCAAAUCAUCCCAGCUCUUACAAAACAGAGAGGGAUUCAGGAGAGGUUGACCUGCAAAUCCCAAUUCCCAACCGCCGUGAUGAGAAUCCCUCAUCCCAAUCACCACCCAUCCAAGUCGGCCACAGUCCCAGCGGAGGACGACUCUGACCCGAUCCGACCCACAAUGCCCGGCCUCGGCAUGUCGGUGGCCGGCGGGCUGCGGAAGAAGGGGCUUGGCGUAAGGCCAUGGCUGCUUCUGGACUCCAGCGGGCAAGCCCAGGUUGUAGAGGCCGGCAAGCACGCCAUCAUGCGGCGGACCGGUCUACCCGCUCGGGACCUUCGUAUCCUGGAUCCGCUUCUUUCGUACCCAUCUACGGUGCUGGGUCGAGAGCGAGCUAUCGUGAUCAACUUGGAGCACAUCAAGGCCAUCAUCACCGCCCAUGAGGUCCUGCUGCUCAAUUCCCGAGACCCGUCUGUCACACCAUUUAUUGAGGAGCUUCAGCGGCGGCUUUUGCGCCACCACCAAGCCACCACCAAACCCGUGAAAAUCCAGGAGAAGGAGGGCAAUGACAAUGAAUCAAAUUGGUAUGAAAUGGAAGAAGCAGAGGCAGAUGCACAAGUGAGAAGAGCUGCUGGUGGAAAUGGGGAAGGUGGGGCAACAGAGAAGCAAGGUUUGGAGGAGAAUCGUGAUGGUUUGAAGGUUCUGCCUUUUGAGUUUGUUGCAUUGGAGGCAUGCCUUGAGGCUGCUUGCAGUGUCUUAGAGAAUGAAGCAAAAACAUUGGAGCAAGAAGCUCAUCCAGCUUUAGAUAAGCUCACUUCAAAGAUUAGUACUCUCAAUUUGGAACGCGUGCGCCAAAUCAAGAGUCGCUUGGUUGCAAUUACCGGCCGUGUUCAGAAGGUGAGGGAUGAACUAGAACACUUGCUUGAUGAUGAUGAAGAUAUGGCUGAAAUGUAUCUAACUGACAAGUUGGUUCAGCAACAUCUUGAAAAUUCGUCCACUUCGUCCUUGGGUGAGAGAGAUGACAUGGAUCCUGAAGCUCCAGGAUCAGACAUGGAUGACAUGGGUCCCACUGAAAUCUCAAUGGAAGCUGGUGGGGAUCACUUGAAUUUUGAAGGUGAUCCUCAAAACACUGAUGACCCCCGGCAUCAAUUUCUUAGAAGGGACAGCCUUGGGACCGCUACUAGCUCCACGCAUAGUGCUGUAGGAAAGGAACUCGAUGUAGAAGAGCUUGAAAUGCUUUUGGAGGCAUAUUUUGUGCAAAUUGAUGGUACACUGAACAAGCUAUCCACGCUGAGGGAGUACGUCGACGACACAGAGGAUUACAUCAACAUAAUGUUGGAUGACAAACAGAACAAUCUCCUCCAAAUGGGGGUCAUGUUGACAACAGCAACCCUGGCUGUGAGUAGCUUUGUUGUUGUAGCUGGUGUCAUGGGCAUGAACAUCCAUAUUGACCUAUUUGAUAAAGAAAAAGCAGGGAUGCCACAAUUCCUGUGGACAGUUGGUGGCAGUACUGCCGGGACCAUAUUCCUAUAUGUGACUGCUAUCGGAUGGUGCAAGCAUAAGCGCUUGCUGGAGUAGUGAGGCGUGGCAGUUUAUCAUCAUGAACGCACCUAAAACUGAAGUGUGUGCUGCCUCUGGUAGAUGUACUUCGGCUAGACAAACACGACUCUGUACAGCUUCUUCGCUUACCCUAUGCAUGCAAUAAAUAUCAUCAUUUUCAUUGUACUUUAUGUUUGUAAGAGAAUAAUGUUUCAGGGUGUAGAGAUCCAAAAGGUGCGAUCCCUCCUCCUAUCAUCUGGAUUACUAGUCGAGGAAACGGUAGCUGAUAAGAAGAUUGGGGUCAAAGUUUGAGGAAUCUUAGGCGACCUGAAUUGGCAGAGCUCGAGUCACAAUGCAUCCGGUAUGCCAUUGUGAGUUUUGCAUGUAUAUAUGUAAAAACUUGAAUGUGGCCGGAGUUCCGUCUUACUGUGUUGGUGUUCAACAGUUUACGUGUAAUGGAGAAAGGCGAAUGUUCCUAUGGAA